CAGCUUUGGUCCCUGUUUACUUCCUGUCAGCUCCAUUCCAACAGGAAGUACACUUGGACCGAUGUAAAACGUUGUCAAGUUAGAGAAUGUCUAAAAACAUGAAGGAUAUUAAACCAAAUAUAGUGCAAUGCUAAAAUAACACAGCUAGCAUAAAUGCUAUAUCCAUGUGGUAAAUAACUAGCGCUUAGCAUCGUUCCCAUGGAUCCUUAAAAGGCUUUGAGCUUAUUGAUCUAAAAAUAAGACUUUAAUCUAUAUCAAAAUGUCUUUAAUCAAUCCUACAGAAGUCUUAAAGAUGCUCAGACAGAAGAAUUAUUUUACGAAUCUUUUUUUAUUUCAGACGUUUGGUGUAAAAUCUAAAACAAAAAAAACACAGAGCCACAGAGUUUGAGACACGUGUUCGCCUGUGUUUGACCCAAUGUUUCAUCAUGUUGGACAGACGCAGAUUCGUAAAUACAGUUUUAAAAAUUAUUGUAAAAAUAACGUUAGCUACGAAGCUCCAUAGUGCUGAAGAUUAAAUGAGCACAAGAACAUGAGACACUGUCCCUUUAACUGUCAGCGUUACUCUGUCUGUCAGUCACAUUACUCUGUCAUAACCUUCAUCCUCCUCCCUCCUCCUCCUCAGACGGUGAACCAGCUGGCUCAUGCCCUCCACAUGGAUCCCACUCUGGACUCCGGCAGCCUGGUGAAGGUCAUGUGGCCUAAAAGUCGCUGCGCUCUGCUGAGAGACGACCUGGUGCUGAUGGACAGCCCUGGUACUGAUGUCACUUUGGAGUUAGACAGCUGGAUCGAUAAGUUCUGUUUGGACGCUGACGUCUUUGUUUUGGUGGGAAACGCUGAGUCGACGCUCAUGAACACGGAGAAACUUUUCUUCCACAAAGUCAGUGAGAGAAUCUCCAAACCAAAUAUCUUCAUUCUCCACAACAGAUGGGACGCCUCAGUGAGUGAACCAGAAUACAUCGAGGAGGUGAGGAAGCAGCACCUGGACCGCUGUGUGAGUUUCCUGGCAGAGGAGCUGAAGGUGGUCGGUCUGGACGAGGCUCCAGGGAGGAUCUUCUUCGUCUCGGCCAAAGAGGUCCUGAACUCCAGGAUGCAGCGAGCGCAGGGCAUGCCUGAGACAGGUGAGACAGGUGGCGCUCUGGCUGAAGGUUUCCAGGACAGACUGAGAGAGUUCCAGAUGUUCGAGAGGACGUUUGAGGAGUUCAUCUCUCAGUCUGCAGUGAAGACCAAGUUUGAGCAGCACACAGUGAGAGCGUGGCAGAUCACUGAGGCCAUCAAAGCUGUGAUGGACGCCAUCAACAUUGCCUCCGCUGACAGGAAGAUCUGCUGCCUGGAGGAGCGCGAGGAGCAGAGGGACCGGCUGGACUUUGUCCGAGGACAGAUCAACCGUCUGACCGACAACGUCAAAGAGAGGAUCAAGACUCUGACUGAUGAUGUCACUGCCAAGGUGGCCACGGCGCUGUCCGACCAGAUCCGCUCACUUCCUGUUCUGGUGGAGGAGUUCAGAGCCGACUUCAACCCCACACAGGAAACUCUGGAGCUCUACAAGACUAAGCUGCUGCAGCACGUGGAGGAGAGGAUGGUCGGCAGUUUGUCUCACCGCUGCUCCGUCAGCGUCCUCAAAGACAUCAGAGACGCUCAGAGAUUCAUGAUCGGUAUGUCGUCUCUUCACGUGUUGGUUCACCGCUGGUCACAAACGUGUCACGUGAUCCUCUGUCCUCUGUCCUCAGACAGCGUCCGUCCUCUGCUGUCUCUGCCCGUCCACGAUCAGCUCUCCGCUCCCUCCAUGUCCUUCGACCUGACGUACGACCUCGGCCUCGUCGCCCUCUGUGCAGAUUUUCGUGAAAACAUUGAGUUCCAGUUUUCUCUGGGCUGGACCGCCCUCGUCACCCGCUUCAUCGGAGCCACCAACGCCAAGCGAGCGCUGAGUGGCUCCGACCCGCGACUGCAGGAAGGCGCCAACUUUAAGGAUGAGAUGGUGGUUUCCAUAGCGACAGGUCUGGUCUCCGUCACCUCCCGGGCGUCCAUGAUGGUGCUGGUCAUCGGAGGAGUGGUGUGGCGUUCGGUGGGCUGGCGUGUCAUCGCUCUGUCACUGUCUCUGUACGGUCUCCUCUACCUGUACGAGAAACUCACCUGGACCGACGCCAGUAGAGAGCGCGCUCUGAAGCGGCAGUUUGUGGAGCACACCGCCCACCGCCUGAGGGCUGUCAUCCCUGUCACCAGCUCUGCCUGCAGCCAGCAGGUGUAUAAGGAGCUGUCGUCCACCUUCAGCCGUCUGACUCAGAGAGUGGACCUGAGUGAAGCCGAACUGGAGGGAAACAUCCGUCAGCUGAGCUUCAGGAUCCAGAGACUGGAGAACAUCCAGAGGAGGUCCAAGGCCUUCAGGAACAGAGCGACGGAGCUGGAGACUCAGCUGGAGCUCUUCUCUGUUCAGUACCUGCAGGGAAACUGAAGCACAGCUGAGAGCUGCAGCGCCUCCUGCUGACAGACCUCCACACUGUGACUCUGAUCUCCAAACUGUCUCCUCUCACUCCUCCUUCCUCCGCCUCUGCUCAGGACGAGUCGUGAACGCAGGGCGCCGCGCAGCAAAGUGACCGACUGCACUGUUGAACUCUGAGCUUUUGUUCUGUUAUUACAGAUAUUAGGUUUCAUUAUUUCAGGAGGUGGGAGGACACGAGUCACGUGACUUGAGGACUUGAGACUUGCUUGACUAACACUGAUGAAAGACUCGACUUAACUUUGACUCGGUAACCAAGACUUGAUUUUGACUUGAGACGGACAACUUGAAAUUACUUGACCUUUUUUAAUUCAAUAUUUAUAUUUUUCUAGAUGUUGAGAAGUU